CAUGUCACUCUAGGGGAGAAGGGGGGGCGGGAAAAAGUUCGGUUUGCCUUUUUUCUUCGGUUCUUUUAGCUAGCUUCUGUCGACGGCGUUUGGAGGCUUUUAACGGUCACAAAAGGCUUCGCAGGUGAAGAGAAAACGAGGUAAACGAGGGACCAGUAGCUGGGAACAAUGGGCAGCGAGCCGGGUCCAGUUCAGAUCGUGACGGUGUGCAAGGAGGAGCACUCCUUCACGCUGAACGAGGAGGCGUUGGCACGCGUCCUGUUGGCCCCCGAGGUCCGGGACAAGCACGUGGUGGUUCUGUCGGUGGCCGGGGCCUUCAGGAAGGGCAAGAGCUUCCUGCUUGAUUUCAUGCUGCGCUACAUGCACAGAAAGGACGACAGGAACUGGCUGGGUCAGGAUGACGAGCCGCUCACUGGAUUUUCUUGGAGAGGCGGUUCGGAGCCGGAGACGACGGGCAUCCAGAUUUGGAGCGAGGUCUUCCCCAUCCAAAAGAGCGACGGAACAGAGGUGGCGGUGGUGCUGAUGGACACCCAGGGAGCGUUUGACAACCAGUCCACGGUCAAAGACUGUGCCACCAUCUUCGCCCUCAGCACCAUGACCAGCUCCGUUCAGAUCUACAAUUUAUCUCAGAACAUCCAAGAAGACGAUCUGCAGCAGCUGCAGCUCUUCACGGAGUACGGACGCCUCGCCUUGGAUGAAAUCUUCCUGAAGCCCUUUCAGUCCUUGAUGUUCCUGAUCCGUGAUUGGAGCUUUCCCUAUGAGUACACGUACGGCUUCAUCGGAGGCAAUGAAUUCCUGGAUAAACGGCUCCAGGUGAAGGAGCAGCAACACGAGGAGCUGCAAACGGUGAGGGAGCACAUCCACUCCUGCUUCACCAACAUCUCCUGCUUCCUGCUGCCCCACCCGGGCUUGAAGGUCGCCACCAGCCCGUCUUUCCAGGGACAACUCAGCGCCGUGGCGCCCGAGUUCAAGGAGCAACUGAAGGUGCUGAUCCCAAACCUGCUGUAUCCCGACAACCUGGCCGUGAAGGAAAUAAACGGCAAUAAAGUCACCUGCCGGGGCCUGCUGGAGUUUUUCAAGGCUUACAUCAAGAUCUACCAGGGAGAAGACCUGCCCGAGCCCAAGAGUAUGCUCAUGGCGACAGCAGAGGCCAACAACCUGGCAGCCGUGGCGGCAAGCAAGGAUCAGUAUUACAAGAACAUGGAGAAGAUGUGUGGCGGAGACCUGCCCUACGUGGCUCCGGAAUCCCUGGAGGAGAAGCAUCACUUCUUCUUCAAGGAGGCUCUCCACAGCUUCUCCUCCACCAAGAAGAUGGGCGGCCAGGAGUUCUGUGACCGCUACCAAGCCCAGCUGGAGAAGGAGCUGGAGGAAAUGUGGGAGUCGUUUGCCAAGCACAACGAGUCCAAGAACCUGUUCAGCGCCUUCCGCACGCCAGCGGUGCUCUUCGUGCUGGUGUGCUUCCUCUACGUGUUGUCGGGUGUGCUGUUCUUCAUCGGCCUGACCACCUUCGCCCUGGUGUGCGACUGCGUUCUGGGCGUGGUCAUGAUGGCCAUGCUGACCUGGGGCUUCAUUCGCUACACCGGCCGCUACCAGCAUGUGGGCGGCGCCAUCGACCAGGCCGCCGGCGUCGUCUUGGAGCAGGCCACCGUGGUGUUGAACAAGUCCAAAGGGCAGAGCGUCCCUCACGUGAAGAAAUCCAGUUAGACGGACCUGCGGGGCUUCGUGAUCUGGACCUCAGCACACCACAGCCCAGCAAAGGAGCCCACAGUCAGCACUAAAAGCCUUAUCAUUCCACACGCGACAUGCAGCUCAACAAGCACACACACACACACGGACACAACGGAAAGAUGUUCCCAAAAAAAGCCAGCAUCUGUCUAUAUGUGCACGGGAGCGAGGUCUUAUUACUACAGGACUAUUUUGGUGACACCGCCACGUUACGAGCCGGGAGAAGUGUUCAUUUAGCUUUUAAUUACCGAAGACGGUUUCUUUUGGGAUGCAAAAAUCUUAGCCAAUACCAAAACAUGCUUGCUUUAAAGCGAAUAACGUGGGAGAUAUUCCUCAGCGGCUCUUUUUUUUUUUUUUUUUUUGACUUUGUGCCUUAAAGCAUUCCACUCUUGUGAGAUUUAACAUUCCCUGUCAUUUUCUACACGUUGAUUCGCAUUGUCGUAGCAAGGAGAACAUUAUGCACUUUCUGUCUCCAGGUUGGAGAAACCACAUGAGAAUAUAGUCGUGUACUCCAAAGUCUUUGUUGACCAUUCCCUCGACGGGAACACGUUACUUACAAAACACUAGAUUGUCUUUUUAGAUCCGUUAUUUAUAGGAACGUGUUUACAACCCCAAAGAUUAUAUUGAUUAAUGUUCCUUAUAUAACGCAAAUCAUCAAAUAGCAUCCAAAGACUUAUCUUGGCGUUUUUGGUUGGCGGCCUCUUUUUGAAUUCUAUUACUCUCUGUUGGUUGGUCUCCAUGCAUAAUAUUGUGACUGCAGAUUUCGACCUGUAGUCGUUUUGCAUGCAACAGUCUCAGGAUUGGCAGUAAAAACCGUUAGCAACACUGCACCGCUAGAAGUGUUGAACGCAAACAUCGACAGCAGAGAUGGUUGUCAUGGAAUAAACACUUGGACGAUUCCCAACUUUUUCCACUGACAUGUCUUUGUUUUUUAUUCUAUCGAUUUGGUCAAAUGCAACUGUGUGAUGAGGAGAUUCCCAAAAAUAGUGGAACGUUCCCGUCGAAAUGAUUGUUGCAUUAGGUCCUUAAAAGCAGCCUUGACGGUUUUUGACUAUUCCUGCUGUCUGUCUUUAAUAGCCGUUAAGUGUAAAGAGGAUCUUUGACUACUGUUUUUGUACUACAUUCUUAAAAACAGCAGUGCUCCUGUAUAGAGAAUAUUUGCAGCAGCAGAGCACUUCUGUACAUAGACGAUCUUUGACUGCAGCGCUUCUGCCGCUAAGGGUUUUUAUAAAAGAGCCUUAAAGCAGCAGCACUGUAAUGUAAAGCGUCUUUGUACCAUUGAACACAUUGUUUACGCUUUAAUGUAUUAGUCAGUGAAGCUUGCAUUGACAAAUACAAAACAACGAGGGUCCUUAGCAUUCUUAACAUAUAUAAAACAUGCACGGUAUGUUGAGGGCGUGGUCUCCACAAAGCGAACAAUGAGCUAAUGCUUCUGUUACAAACUUAAUCAUUUUAGUGUCGAGUAGAGAAAUACAACAGACAUUAUUAGUAGUGUGUUGUUAUUUGUGUCGAAAAGAGUGCUUUGUGUUUCCCCUUUAAUGGAAUGUAGGUCGCCAUGACGUUUCUUUUCUGAAGUGGCCAUCUUGACUCCGGCUUGCCCUCACGGUGGCACGCUUGUCCCUUUUUAAAAGGCUGGAAAAGAAAUGUCGAGUCAUCGUCGUUAUCCUUUCGUUUUCCGCCGUUCGAACAAAA